GUUAUUUUUUCUGAUGCUAAAAAUAUCAAAAAUACAGUGAUCAUUUUAGUAUCUGUGGUGGGCUGGAAGUGAUACGAGGUUUUUUUAUAUCAUUUUCCAAUUCUUUACGGAAAAUUGUAAGAAAAUUAGUUAUUGGAAUUGGAACAUUACUCGAUUUAAUCGACCGACGCGCAAGCAAACGAAACUAGAAUCUAGUCAAUUUAAUAAUUCAUUUAAAGAUGAAAUAAAUUAUAAUUAGUAACUGUCCGUCUAAACUAAUAUCUGUACUUAUUAUUUGUUAUAUUUUUAUUGUUUGAUUUGUAAGCAAAAUGCAGAUUUUAAAAGCAAGAUUCGCUCUAAGAGCGUCCGCUACGCAGUUUCAAGCUUGGAGUGCCGCGCGCCACAGGACUGCCACCACAGAUACAAAAAAUGUAGAGUACAAACCGAUUAGAAGCGUCCUGGUGGCGAACAGGGGAGAGAUAGCUAUUCGUGUGUUUAGGGCCUGCACCGAGCUGGGGAUUCGUUCAGUGGCCAUAUAUAGCGAGCAGGAUAAGCUGCAAAUGCACAGGCAAAAAGCUGACGAAUCCUACCUAGUGGGUAAAGGUCUGCCACCAGUAGAAGCUUACCUUAGUAUACCGGAGAUUAUCCGGGUUGCGAAGGAAAACGACGUAGAUGCUGUCCAUCCCGGAUAUGGGUUGCUGUCUGAAAGGUCAGAUUUCGCGAAAGCAAUCCUCAAUGCUGGACUACGAUUCAUCGGGCCUUCGCCCAAAGUUGUCCAGCAAAUGGGAGAUAAAGUAGCUGCCAGACAGGCCGCUAUAGAAGCAAAGGUCCCUAUUGUCCCCGGUACCGAUGGUCCCAUUACAACUAAAGAGGAAGCACUUGAAUUCUGCAAACAACAUGGAUUGCCCGUUAUAUUUAAAGCCGCAUACGGCGGCGGCGGACGCGGCAUGCGGGUAGUUCGCGAAAUGAGCGAGGUCGCGUCGUCAUUCGAGCGCGCGUCGUCGGAGGCGCUCGGCGCCUUCGGGAACGGCUCCAUGUUCAUAGAGCGCUUCAUUGAGCGGCCGAGGCACAUCGAGGUGCAGCUGCUGGGUGACAAAGCCGGCAACGUGGUGCACUUGUACGAACGAGAUUGUUCUGUGCAAAGAAGGCACCAGAAGGUCGUUGAAAUUGCACCAGCGCCUGGGUUAGACCCAGAGAUACGUCAACGCAUGGUAGACUGUGCUACACACUUGGCUCGCCACGUUGGCUACGAAAACGCGGGAACUGUGGAGUUCUUGUUAGACGAUAAGGGCAAUUUCUACUUUAUUGAGGUUAACGCAAGAUUGCAAGUAGAGCACACGAUAACAGAAGAAGUGACAGGUAUUGAUCUAGUCCAAUCCCAGAUCCGCAUCGCCGAAGGUAUGACCCUACCUGAGUUAGGCCUCACCCAGGAUCAGAUUAGGGCUGAUGGAUACGCUAUACAGUGCAGGGUUACCACAGAAGAUCCGGCCAAUAACUUCCAACCAAGUACUGGCAGGAUUGAAGUUUUUAGAUCUGGCGAAGGUAUGGGUAUCCGUCUAGACUCUGCUUCAACAUAUGCCGGCGCUAUCAUUUCUCCGUACUAUGAUUCGCUACUCGUUAAGGUAAUAUCUCACGCACAAGAUUUAGCAUCAUCAGCGGCGAAAAUGAACAGAGCGCUGCGGGAAUUCCGUAUACGUGGUGUGAAGACCAAUAUUCCCUUCCUGCUCAAUGUGUUGGAGAAUCAGAAGUUCCUUAACGGUGCCGUAGACACAUACUUUAUCGACGAAAAUCCACAGUUAUUUAUGUUCAAAGCCUCUCAAAAUAGGGCUCAGAAGAUUCUCAAUUACCUGGGCUAUGUAGUUGUUAACGGACCUGCCACGCCCUUAGCCACGGACAUACCGCCCUCUAGCGUCAAACCGUACAUACCUCCGGUACCUUUGGACCUUUCGCCAGAGGCAAUUAAAGCACAGGAAUUGACUGGUGAGAAUACAGUGGUGAAACCGCCCAAGGGUUUCAAGCAAAUCCUGCAAGAGGGUGGUCCAGAGGCGUUCGCGAAGGCGGUACGCAAUAACAAGGGGCUAUUGUUAAUGGAUACGACAUUCCGAGACGCUCACCAGUCGUUACUUGCGACGCGCGUGCGCACGCACGACCUGCUCGCCGUGUCGCCGUACGUGGCGCACAACUUUAGCCGCCUGUAUGCGUUGGAGAACUGGGGCGGAGCGACCUUCGAUGUUGCUUUGAGAUUCCUCCACGAGUGCCCGUGGGAGCGUUUGGAGGACAUGCGGCGGCUGAUCCCCAAUAUCCCGUUCCAGAUGUUAUUGCGAGGCGCUAACGCCGUCGGAUACACUAACUAUCCUGAUAACGUGGUCUACAAGUUCUGUGAUAUGGCUGUGAAAUCCGGUAUGGACAUAUUCCGAGUGUUCGAUUCCCUUAACUACCUUCCCAACUUGAUACUCGGUAUGGAAGCGGCGGGCAAGGCCGGGGGUGUAGUAGAAGCGGCCAUUUCCUACACUGGAGACGUGUCCAACCCUGAGAAGACUAAAUAUGACCUGAAGUACUAUGUGAAUCUCGCUGAUGAGCUGGUGAAGGCCGGUACUCAUGUGCUGGGUAUUAAAGAUAUGGCUGGUCUAUUGAAACCACAAGCUGCCAAGUUGCUGAUAGGCGCGAUCCGCGAGCGCCACCCGGACGUCCCGAUCCACGUGCACACGCACGACACGGCCGGCGCCGGCGUGGCGGCCAUGCUGGCGUGCGCGGAGGCCGGCGCCGACGCCGUGGACGUGGCCGUGGACUCCAUGUCGGGGCUCACCAGCCAGCCCAGCAUGGGCGCGCUGGUGGCGUCCCUGCAGUCCACUAAGCUGGAUACUGGUAUCCCCCUCCAAACGGUAUCCGAAUACUCCGCAUACUGGGAGCAAGCUCGCACCCUGUACGGUCCGUUCGAAUGCACGGCCACAAUGAAGUCUGGUAACGCGGACGUGUAUAUCAACGAGAUACCUGGCGGUCAGUACACCAAUCUGCAGUUCCAGGCCUUCUCCUUGGGUCUGGGCAGCCAGUUUGAGGAGGUCAAGAAGGCUUAUAGAGAAGCAAACCUUCUCCUGGGUGACAUAAUCAAAGUGACACCAUCGUCCAAGGUAGUGGGAGACUUGGCCCAAUUCAUGGUGCAGAACAAGUUAACAGCUGAGGAGAUCCACGCGAGGGCAGAAGAACUUUCCUUCCCUAAAUCCGUGGUAGAAUUCUUCCAAGGUGCUAUCGGGAUACCGUAUGGGGGAUUCCCUGAGCCUUUAAGGUCUAAAAUUCUAAAAGACAUGCCCAGGAUAGAAGGUCGUCCGGGACAAGAGCUACCGCCUUUGGACUUCGACAAACUGAAGAAGGACAUCCAAGAGACGUACCCAGAUGUGAACGACCAAGACGUGAUGUCAGCGGCCAUGUACCCGCAAGUUGCGAACGACUACUUCCGUAUACGCGACAAGUACGGGCCGGUCAAACAUCUUGACACUAAAACCUUCCUGGUUGGGCCUACGGUCGGCGAGACAAUAGAAGUAAAGAUUGAGCGCGGAAAGACACUAGAUAUAAAGACUUUAGCAGUUUCUGAGGAAAUGACGGCUGCAGGAGAGAGGGAAGUCUUCUUCGAGCUCAACGGUCAACUGCGAUCUGUCUUCAUACGUGAUGAGAAAGCUAGCCAGGAAAUGAAAAUCCAUCCCAAAGCGGUGAAAGGUGAUAAGAGUCAAGUGGGAGCGCCCAUGCCGGGAACAGUUUUAACAAUCAAAGUGAAAGAAGGCGACAAAGUCGACAAAGGCCAGCCUAUCGCAGUGUUGUCCGCCAUGAAAAUGGAGAUGAUUGUACAAGCGCCGCAAGCCGGUACCGUCAAAACCGUCGCCAUUACGAACGGACAGAAAUUGGAGGGAGAUGAUCUUAUCUGUACCAUAGAGGAAUGAGUCAAAUUUCAAAUUUGACAAUUGUCUAUGCCACAGGCCACACCUUGAUGUAGUCUGUGGUCCGAUAAACGGCUUUAGUUUUAUUGUAUGUCGUGAUUUUUAAAUUUAAACGAAAAUGUAUAGAUAUAUGUUUUGUUUUAAUAAUUUUCCAUUCGUAUGUAUCGUCAUAGCAUAUAGACUGUGUUUUAUAUAAAAAAUGUGUAUCUGUCAAUUUCAUUACAUCUAUUAAUGGAGAUUUU